GUGUGCACCUGCUACCAGUCAAGCUCAGCCCGACUGUGAGAAGAGCAAGGCGGAGCAAGCCGAGGGACUGAAUGAACCAUGGACAAAUUGAAGUGCCCCAGCUUCUUCAAGUGCAGGGGGAAGGAGAAAGUGACGGCUUCAUCUGAGAAUUUCCAUGUUGGUGAAAAUGAUGAGAAUCAGGACCGUGGGAACUGGUCCAAAAAAUCAGAUUAUCUACUAUCUAUGGUUGGAUAUGCAGUGGGACUGGGAAAUGUGUGGAGAUUCCCAUAUCUAACGUACAACAAUGGUGGAGGUGCCUUCCUGAUACCUUAUGCAAUUAUGCUGGCAUUGGCUGGUUUACCUUUGUUCUUCCUAGAGUGUUCACUGGGCCAAUUUGCUAGUUUAGGUCCAGUUUCAGUUUGGAGGAUUUUGCCAUUGUUUCAAGGUGUGGGAAUUACAAUGGUCCUGAUAUCCAUUUUUGUGACAAUCUAUUACAAUGUCAUAAUUGGUUAUAGUCUUUACUACAUGUUUGCUUCUUUUCAAAGUGAACUACCAUGGAAAAAUUGUUCUUCUUGGUCAGACAAAAACUGUAGCAGAUCACCUAUAGUAACUCACUGUAAUGUGAGUAUGUAUGGUGAAGAGAUCCUACUGAAUAUUAGCUGGGUAGAUGCCAACAAUUUUACCUGCAUGAAUGGCAGUGAAGUUUAUCAGCCAGGGCAGCUACCAAGUGAACAAUACUGGAAUAAAGUGGCACUUCAAAGGUCUAGUGGAAUGGAUGAAACUGGAGAAAUUGUGUGGUAUUUAGCACUUUGCCUUCUUCUGGCUUGGAUCAUAGUUGGAGCAGCAUUAUUUAAAGGAAUCAAGUCUUCUGGCAAGGUGGUAUAUUUUACAGCUCUCUUUCCCUAUGUAGUCCUACUCAUUCUGUUAAUACGAGGUGCAACUCUAGAGGGUGCAUCAAAAGGUAUUUCAUACUAUAUUGGAGCACAAUCAAAUUUUACAAAACUUGGGGAAGCAGAGGUUUGGAAAGAUGCUGCCACCCAGAUAUUUUACUCCCUUUCAGUGGCUUGGGGUGGCUUAGUUGCUCUAUCAUCUUACAAUAAGUUCAACAACAACUGCUUUUCUGAUGCCAUUGUAGUUUGUUUGACAAAUUGCCUCACUAGUGUGUUUGCUGGAUUUGCUAUUUUUUCUAUUUUGGGACACAUGGCUCAUAUAUCUGGAAAGGAAGUCUCUCAAGUUGUAAAAUCAGGUUUUGAUCUAGCAUUCAUUGCCUAUCCAGAAGCUCUAGCCCAACUCCCAGGUGGUCCAUUUUGGUCCAUAUUAUUUUUCUUCAUGCUUUUAACUUUGGGUCUCGAUUCUCAGUUUGCCUCCAUUGAAACAAUUACAACAACAAUUCAGGAUUUAUUUCCCAAAGUAAUGAAGAAAAUGAGGGUUCCUAUAACUUUGGGUUGCUGCUUGGUUUUGUUUCUCCUUGGUCUCGUCUGUGUGACUCAGGCUGGAAUUUAUUGGGUUAAUCUGAUUGACCACUUCUGUGCUGGAUGGGGCAUUUUGAUUGCAGCUAUAUUGGAAAUAAUAGGAAUCAUCUGGAUUUAUGGAGGAAACAGAUUCAUUGAAGAUAUAGAAAUGAUGAUUGGAGCAAAGAGGUGGAUAUUCUGGCUGUGGUGGAGAGCUUGCUGGUUUGUAAUCACGCCUAUCUUGUUGAUUGCAAUUUUAAUAUGGUCACUGGUGAAAUUCCAGAGGCCCAUGUAUGGUGAAAUUUCAUACCCUGACUGGGGAGUUGCUCUGGGCUGGUGUAUGAUUAUUUUCUGCAUUAUUUGGAUUCCAAUUGUUGCUGUUAUAAAAAUAGUUCAGGCCCAAGGAAACAUCUUUCAGCGGAUAGUAAGCUGCUGCAAACCAGCUCCUAACUGGGGUCCAUACCUGGAACAAUAUCGUGGGGAACGAUAUAAAGACAUGGUAGAGCCUAAGAAAGAGAUUAACCAUGAAAUACCUACUAUUAGUGGCAGUAGAAAACCAGAAUGAGAUCUCAUUUUAAAAAAAUGGUUGUUGUAUAAUGUGAUUUUAGAGUAGGGGCAAUUUUUAUUUAUUUGUAUGUUAGCUGAGUAGAAAAAUAUACAUGCCAUGUUCACAAUAGGGUAAUAAGUAUUUUUCCAGUUAAGCAGGAAUGUAAUAUAAAAAUGUGAACCUAUUAAUAUUUAAUAAUGUGCUUAAUUUCUUUUAAGAUUAGCUAUCUGUAUAAUAUGCACACAAGUCUUUCAUAGUGAAAUUUAAAAAAUAUUACCAUAAUGUUUUUCUAAUACAUUGAAUGCAUUGAGCUGAUUUUGUUAUGCAAGUUUAAAAAUAUUAUUUGCUUCUAUUUUUUAAUAUACAACCUUUCUUUUUCACAAGCUGGGGGAAUAUCAGAAUAUUUAAAAACAAGCGAUACAAACUAAAGGCCUCACUUAGAAAUAUCAUAAAUAAGUGAAAAAAUGUGUGUAUUAUAUCAGGAUUAUAGUUUAGUGCUUUUGAUCCAAAUAUGUCUAAAAACUCCAUACAUUUAUGUGAACUUAUUGACAGGACAGGAGAAAUAAGAAUCUUUUGGCCAGUAAGAGAUAAAUCUAGAAAGUGGAAUACAGGUUUCCUUAUAUUCUAUCUUCCUUCUUUAGGUUGUAUCUGGAAGAAAACUAUGAUACAUCUAAUUUCUAUUGUCUAGCAACCUUGAGAGUUCAUUAUAUUCUCUGAAUAGAGUUUUAAUUUCACGUAGACUAUGGAUCAAAAUAUUAAUGAGAAAAUGGUUUUACUCAAAAUUAGCAUUUAAUAAUCAUGAUAUAUGGCUAGUCUUAUGUGAAUAAGUUAGUGAUUAUGGGUGAUAAUUUAUUUACAUAAUAACAGGAGAUAAACACAUAUAAAAUGAAGGUUAUAUGUCUUGGUUUCCUUACUAAUGAAAUAUAUCACUAACAACUUUAUUUUUGAUUAUAUUUCAUUGACAAUUGGUUUAAACAUCACAACCUAGGACAAUAAACGCUGCCUAAAUAUAUAAGGAACUUCUCAGCAAUUUUUAAGGUUUAUUUAAAAACAGGUUUAAGGGAAUUAUGAUGCUGAAAUUAUAUGUAACAUCAUCUGUGUGAUGUAUAUAUGCAUUUUUUGUAGGAAGAGAGUCCACAGUUUUCAUCAGAAUACCAAAAUGACUUAUGACUCAAAAAAGAUUAAGAACCACAAACGCUGCUGUUGGUUUUUAUGCUUGGCAAGUGACUGACACUAGAAGGAAUGUUUUUUUCUUUUCUUUUUUUUAUACAUUUUCUUAUACAUUUUCAAUUCCUUUUCCUUUCAAUUGAAUAUUAAAGGAAUAAGGUAUUAAGGCAUUUCUUUAAUUUAUACUGGUAAAUUAUUUUGAGGAAAGGGGGCAUGAAGGUAAACAGGCCUGCAAAUGAACCAUGUGAAUGGAUUUUGUAUAAAUAAUAUCAGUGAUUUAUGUACAUAUAGAUAAUGAACUCACAUUUGAUAUUUUGAGGGUUUUUCUGAGAUAGGUCAAAUGCUGUUAGCAAACUUCGAGAGAUUAAUUCCUUAGCUAUCCCAGAUUUUGUAAAAUAUUAUUUGAAAUAGAUAACCAAAUAGAGCUUAGAAACACUUUUUAAUAAUUUUAAUUCACAUUACAUUACAUAUAUUCUACCAUUAUAAUUUGGUGCUAUUAGAGGUGCAGAUUUUUCACCAAAGAGAAAAAUGCAUGGAAUUUUCUAUAGGUGACUCUUGCAAUUCAGGGAAGAUUUUGGCACAGUUUAAAUGAAAGAAUAUCUAAUUGGGAGAGGGGGUAUGAAGUGGAAGCAAUCUUUUUCAAAAGCUAACCACAAAGACUAGGUGAAAGUUUGUGUCACUAUCUUCACAAGAUCUUAAUGAAGUGAUUGGCAUAUUGUAGGGUGCCUAAGAUAGCUCUUAUAAUUAUUACACAGAUUCAACAGUGGCAAGAAACAGUAUUCUGCGUAAUAGAAAUGAGUUCCAUCAAAUUCUACUUACUUUAAUGCAAGCAUGGAGAUAAUUUCAGUAUUAUGCUGUAAACCAUUAGAGAAAACUGUUUUUCACUCUUGAUGGAAUUAUAAUCACUAUAUCUCAACUAUUUUUUGAAUGUAGCUUAUUGUAAAAAAUAAACUUUUGGACUGAUUUUCUUACUGUAUUGUUCUUCCAUUCCU